AUGGUACGUAGGACUAGGACACAUGUAAUUCUCUGGAUAUGUAGACUCCUUAGAACAUGACUCGUCCCACGUUCUAAUUUCCCUUCGUUCUACCUUUCAACAAUCUGUUGUAUCGACCACCAUGUACGGAAGAAUCAACUCGGCGCUGGCGUUACUGCUUGCCGGUUCCGCGUUCAUAACACGAUCCGUCGUGGAAAGCAAGCUCGUAUUUGCUCACUAUAUGGUUGGGUCUGUGGAUCCGCAAACCGCCCACGCGCAGCAGGAUAUCGACGGUGCUAUCAACGUUGGCUUUGAUGCCUUUGCCUUGAAUGUGGGAAACCCCGGGGCUGACUGGGCAAAGAACACCGUGCAGCAGCUAUUCGACUACGCGGGGGACAAGUCGUUCAAGCUCUUCUUCAGCUUCGACUUCUACGGCAACGGCGAUAUCAGCCAACACCAGGCUCUGUUCAGCCAGUUCAAGGACCAUCCCGCCCACCUCAAGUACGGGCCUAACGACUUACCAGUCGUCUCCUCUUACAGCGGGGGCAACAUUGGUCCCGAUACGUGGAGAAACUUCAAGAACACCAACAACGUCUAUCUCAUUCCCAACCCAGAGGCUGACGGCAACUACUACAACAACCCCACAGCUUUCUUCCAGAGCUGGGGCGAUGCCAUCGACGGCGUGUUCAGCUGGGAGACGGCCUGGCCCGAGACUUCGGAAACGCCCGCGAACGUGUCUUCGGUGAGGGACCAGGCGGUCAAGUCGGCCGCAGAUGCCGCCGGCAAGGCCUAUGUGAUGGGUCUAUCUUCGCUUCAAUACAAACACUGCUGCGGCGACUCCUGGUACCGAGGCGGCGAGACCAACCUGCCCGAGCGCAUGGAGCAAAUCCUUUCCGUCUCUCCCGAAUUCACCGAGGUCAUCACUUGGAACGACGCCGGCGAGAGCCACUACAUCGGCCCGUGCUGGGCCGAGGGCCUGACCGAAGAAAUCCUACAGUACGGCAACUCGGACGCAAUGCCGCACGACGGAUGGCAGCCGCUCCUCGCCUCCUUCGUCGACGCCUUCAAGGCCGGCGCCACCGACGUCAGCGCCAUGAAGCCGCGCAGCGGGGCUUUCGCAGGCGCCCUAUGGUACCGGGGCGUGCUGACCACGUGCAGCGGGGACAAGCCGCGGGGGUCCGGCGCGGCCGUCGACGCCGUGAACUACGCCGUGGUCCUCCCGGCGGACAGCAGCAGCGGCUUUAGCGUGCGCGUGUCCAGCGGCGGACAGGUCCUGGCGACGCAGCCGGUGCGCGCGGGCCUGAACUACAACUCGGUCGUGGGCAUGACCACGGGCCCGCAGAAGAUGGAGCUUAUCGACGGUGGCGGGCGCGUCGUUGCGUCGGCGAGCAGCGCCGUCGAUGUAUCCAACGAUGCCGCGAAUGGAUUCUGCAACUAUAACUACUAUGUUGCUGGCUUGCAGUAGAAUGCAUACCUACCUACCUACCUACCUAGGUUAGGUACCUAGCCUAACCUAAGUUUGAGAAAGGAAAAGGAAAAGGAAAAGGAAAA